AUACCUCCUCCGUCGGGCGACGAGCCUCUACACCCCGUUCUUAUCCCUUCAUCAGACCUCUCCGUCUAUCUCCUCCUAUUUAAUUAACCCUCCUCUUCUCCUCCUCUUCCUCUCUCUCCAUCUCCCUCUGAGUCAUCUCCCCUCCCCCCUCCCCUCCCUCUCUGUCACACAUCUCCCCCUCCUAGUUUCUCUCUCUCUCUCUCUCUCUCUCUCUCUCUCCAGCAGAACACACACACAGGCGGCAGGAUGUCGAUCGUCAGCGUCGUUGCCAGGGAGAUCUUGGACUCCCGGGGAAACCCCACAGUUGAGGUGGACCUUCGCACAGAGAAAGGUCUGUUCAGGGCUGCGGUGCCCAGCGGAGCAUCCACCGGGAUCUACGAGGCUCUGGAGCUCCGAGAUGGAGACAAGAGCCGCUACAAGGGCAAAGGUGUUUUGAAGGCAGUCGGGCACAUCAACGACACUCUGGGUCCCGCCCUCAUAGCCUCCGGUGUCAGCGUGGCAGAGCAGGAGACGCUGGACAACAUGAUGAUCGAGAUGGACGGCACAGAAAACAAAUCUCAGUUCGGGGCCAACGCCAUCCUGGGAGUGUCCCUCGCCGUCUGUAAGGCCGGUGCGUCAGAGAAAGACGUCCCCCUGUACCGACACAUAGCCGACCUGGCCGGAAACACGGAGCUGGUGCUGCCGGUUCCUGCCUUUAAUGUGAUAAAUGGAGGAUCUCAUGCAGGCAACAAACUGGCCAUGCAGGAGUUCAUGGUUCUUCCUGUUGGAGCCGAGUCUUUCAAGGAGGCGUUGAGGAUAGGAUCGGAGCUGUACCACACCCUGAAGGGGGUGAUCCAGGAGAAAUACGGCCAGGACGCCACCAACGUGGGAGACGAGGGAGGAUUCGCCCCCAACAUCCUGGAGAACAGCGAGGCUCUGGAGCUGCUGCAGACGGCCAUAGAGAAGGCCGGCUUCACGGACAAGGUGGUGGUCGGCAUGGACGUGGCCGCCUCCGAGUUUUACCGCGACGGGAAAUACGACCUGGACUUCAAAUCCCCACCGGAUCCAGAGAGGCACAUCUCCGGAGAGGAGCUGGCCGACAUCUACCAGGGCUUCGUCAACAACUACCCAGUGGUGUCCAUCGAGGACCCGUUCGACCAGGACGACUGGGAGGCCUGGUCCCGCCUGACGGCCCAGGUGGGGAUCCAGGUGGUGGGGGACGACCUGACGGUGACCAACCCGAAGAGGAUAGAGAAAGCCGCCGAGGAGCGAGCCUGCAACUGCCUGCUGCUCAAAGUCAAUCAGAUCGGCUCCGUCACCGAGGCCAUACAGGCGUGCAAACUGGCUCAGGCCAACGGUUGGGGGGUGAUGGUCAGCCAUCGUUCAGGAGAAACUGAGGACACUUUCAUCGCCGACCUGGUGGUGGGACUGUGCACCGGACAGAUUAAGACCGGCGCCCCCUGCAGAUCUGAGAGGCUGGCCAAGUACAACCAGCUCAUGAGGAUUGAGGAGGAGUUGGGCGACCAGGCUCGCUUUGCAGGACACAACUUCAGGAACCCCAGCGCCCUGUGAAACUGACAGACGAAUGACUCACACACACACACACACACACACACACACACAUAAACUGAUUCACACGCCAAACAUGGGAACGAGCCAUGCGCAAUGAAAUAUCACACAGAUUCACGAAAAAACACGCGAGCAAAAGAGAAAAAAGACUAAAUAAAUUAUGCACUGGACUUAUAGGUAGGGUGAUGGUGCUGUAUGCACACACACACACACACAUACACACAAAUAGAGUAUGUAGAUGCGACACGCGCUCACGCACAUGCAGGGGAAUACCAUAGAAAUAUCAAAUUUAUAAGCCAGACAUGCACUGUUACUGUAGUUUUAAUAGUUCAUGUACAGCCAGAGGACCUGCAAAAAUAAAGAUUAUUGUUGUAAAAACAGAGAGAUAAAUAAGUAGAGAUAUAAUAUAAUACUUAAAAACCGACGCACGCAACUGAAAGAAGUGAAGAAGAAAAAAAUUAACGGAAAAAAACCCCAACCUUUCAGCACCAAAAGAGGACGAAGCACUCUCAGAAAGAAGCAGGAAACAGCUGUUUCAGGGCCGGAGUGUAAAGAAACCAACAACAACAACUACACAAACACACUUUGACACACUCGGCUGUGUCUCACUCUCACCUGGACACUGAAGUACCUGCACUCCACCCACUUCUGUCCUCCUUCCUUCCCUCGUUUUGUCUCCUUUUUCUUCUCGUCGUGUCUGUUUUCUCAGUUUAAAAAAGAAAAGAAAAUAAAAACCCUCUCUGAUGUGAUUCUGAUUAUUUGUCCUUUAUGCUUGAAAAGAAAAGAAAAAGAAAACCAAUCUAAACCCCCCGAAUCCCUUCGUUCCUUCCUGAAUGUCCAUAGAAUAGCUGUGUUGAAAAAGACGAGAGAAAAAAAAGAAAAAGAAAUACGCUUGUCAUUGAAAAUAAUGUGAAAAUAUGUGAAAUAAAAAUAUGUUAAUUUACUAUUUGAAUCACAGUU